UAGAUCCGGCCGGGCUGUAUUUCCGCCACGCUGGCAGAUUGAUUGUGGAAAGUCUGUCCGUCAGACGUUUUCUGGCACGGAGAAGUCUCAGGACUCACAGACAUUUCACAGUCGUACUUUGGGGACAAAGUCGUACCGUGUUAACAUCCUGAAAGAUUAUAACAGAUCGGUCCAUUCAAGUUCUACUCUGGUGGUAUUCAGAAGGUCCUCUUACAACCGGGCUCCAAGAAAAUGUGGUGGAAAAGUGUUCUGUUCAUUUCCACCAUGGCUGUGGCUAUGAGAGGGGCAGACGGAGGAUAUUUCGGAUGUAUCGAGAGCCCAUCGUUCCCCGGUGAUGGGUUCGAUAACGACUGUGACCUGCUAGUUGACGAAGAAAUCCAGAACGGCAUCGAUGAUGACGGAGACGGCCUGAUAGACGAGGACCUGAGGUUCUGCGUCGCCCCGCAGAACGUCCCCGGAGACCAGGCCGACAACGACUGCGACGGUCUCAUCGACGAGGAGGUGGAGAAUGGUAUAGACGACGACGGAGACGGACUGAUCGACGAGGACCUGGCAAUUUGUGUCGAGUCGCCGAGCUUCCCCGGUGAUGGCGUGGAUAACGACUGUGACGGUCGGAUCGACGAGGAACUCGAUAACGGCAUCGAUGAUGACAGGGACGGCUUGAUUGACGAAGAUCUCCGCUUCUGCAUCGCUCCCCAAAACGUCGCUGGUGACCAAGCCGACAACGACUGUGACGGUCGGAUUGACGAGGAGAUAGAAGACGGCAGGGACAAUGACGGAGACGGCUUGAUCGAUGAAGAUCUGUUCUUGUGUAUCGAGUCCCCCGCCUUUGCAGGUGACGGGGUGGACAACGACUGUGACGGGCUGGUCGACGAAGAGUCUCAAAACGGCGUGGACGACGAUGGCGACGGCCGUAUUGACGAGGACACCAGCACGUGCUUCGGGGCAGCGCAGACUUACGGGGACGGAGUGGACAACGACUGCGAUGGCGUCGUGGACGAGGAGGUACAAAACGGGAUCGAUGAUGACGGCGACGGCUUGAUCGACGAGGACACGGCAAGUUGUUCCCUGUCCGAAACCCUUCCUGAUGACGGUAUCGACAACGACUGUGAUUACCGUAUAGACGAGGAACUUCCGAACGGACUGGACGACGACGGCGACGGUCGUAUUGACGAGGACAUAGUGAUAGGUCCUCCGGGAUGUGAAAUGGACUUGGUCUUCGUCCUGGACGGAUCCUCGAGUAUUGGAGCGGUCGUGUUUGACGAAGUGAAAGAAUUUGUCCUGGAAACCGUUAAUUAUCUGGAGAUAGAAGACCAUGACGUCAGUGUGGCAGUGAUGACGUACGGGGGUGGGGGCGGAAACUGUAUGCCUGAGAUGGACAUCACGCUGGGCGGGUACACCAACCAGACUGAGCUGGUAGAAUUCCUCACGGCUAACAUCAGCUAUACCGGCGGGCUCACACGGACUACAAAGGCACUGCACGCCAUGCAACACAGGAUUUCUUACAGAGAGAACAUGACGAAGAUAGGAGUGAUCUUCACCGACGGAAGGCCGCAGAGUUCGGUUACUGCCAGGAACAAUGUCGAAACGGAUGAGCUGCUGGCAGAGGAGGUGGAGGAGGCGAUGUACGCCGGCUUCGGGCUGUACUCCGUGGGGGCCUCCAGAGUCGACGCCUUCGUGAGUACUGACGGACUGGGCAUCCUCACCAACUCUACUGCUGACCGUGUUCUCACCAUCAGGGACUUCCCGCCAAAAUACCUGGCCUUCAGGAUCAGGCUCGACAACUGUGUUGAGGAAGAGGAGUGACGCCCCGGGUAGACGCAGGACAACACCAUGGCCACUGACGGGCCCGGACACCAAUGCUUCUAUCAGUUUUACGUCUGGAAGGUUUUGCGGCUAGUGUUUAAAGAAAACAGCUCUGAAUGGUUUACGUGGAGGAUGUCGUAACCGUACGUAUAAUUGCUAGACGCAUGUGUGUUCAAAGAAUUGCCCUGCGGAAAGAAAAAAAAAUAUCAUAUUUUCUACAUCCUCAUACUCUAUAUUUUCUUGCUACGAAUGCACAUAAUAAAACUCACCCACUGAAAUCACCCUAAUGUCCACUAAUAUGAAGACAAAAUGAUUGUUAAGCUUACCACUUUGCUUUUCAGGACGACAAUGAGAUAAAAAUAGUAUGUGCUGUUUGUGUAGUACAGCAGAAGUAGUAUAAUAUUUGCAUUAGCUUAUAUAUAGUACAGUUAAAGCACUAGACAGAGCAAAGUGGAAUGUGGUAAGGGAAGGUUCCUUAUGUACAACAGCAAUGUAGAAUAAUGAUGAAAACACAAUGAUGCUGAAUUAGUUACAUCUAACAGUAAACCAGUAUUGAAAUCCAGCACACGAACAAUAUGCUUCUACAAUACUUUAUCUCUUCAAAUACCCCUACUUCGUCUGUAACAGCAACUCAACUGUUUGGACUCCAUCGUACAGGACUUCUGUACCUAAAAACAACAUAAUGAUAAAAUUUGCAGUUGAUAAAACAAUCCUGUUACAUGUUUCGAGAGAUGUGUCAACAAUAUGCUGCUAUCGUAAAGAUAUGAUCUAAUACUUCCUAUGGACUGAUAUUUUCCGUUCUGUCCUAUCAAUAAAAAAAUCUGAAAAAUC